AUGGUUUCCGAGACUUGGUUUCGUAACCUAUUGAGAUUCCCUAAAAAAAACGAAGGACAUAAAGAGAAGGACGUGCUUGGAGUAUUAGCCUUCGAAGUUGCAAGCCUCCUCUCGAAACUCGUUCACUUAUGGCAAUCCCUAAGCGACAAGAACGUCGCUCGCCUCAGGCAAGAGAUCACACGUUCCACGGGGAUCAAGAAGCUGGUCUCAGAAGACGAUGACUUCGUCGUGAGGCUGAUACGCGACGAGAUGAUGGAGAACGUUGAGAAUGUAGCGAAAGCUGUGUCACGGCUCGCUAGGAGAUGUAACGACGCUAAGUUGAAGAGCUUUGAGAAUUGUUUUGGGGAGAUGAUGAAGACAGGGGUUGAUCCUUACGGGUGGCAGUUUGGGUGGAAGAAGAUGGAUAGGAAAGUUAAGAGGAUGGAGAGGUUUAUUUCGUCUAAUGCGAGUCUUUAUCAGGAGACUGAGAUUUUGGCUGAGCUUGAGCAGAGUUUGAAGAGAAGGAUGUGUAAUGAAUCUGCUACUGAUAAUUUAUUGGAGUAUAAGAAGAAAGUCACGUGGAAGAAGCAUGAGGUGAAGAAUUUAAGGGAUGUGUCUCUUUGGAACCGGACUUAUGACUAUACUGUGCUUCUCUUGGUUAGAUCGGUUUUCACUAUUCUGACUAGGACUAAACAUGUUUUCGGUAUUAGUUACAGAGCUGAGGCUAGUGAUGUUAGCUCUGCGGAUUCUGAUUACCUUGCUCGUGGCCACUCGGUUUCUACGAUUUUGUCGCAGCAAUCUGAGACUACUCGUCCUCCUAGAUUUGCUUCUGGUCCUCUUGGGAGAUUUACUGGUCCAGCAUCAGGCUCAGCUGCUUCUGCUACAAAGUCGACGAAGAUGGGUGAUUUUCUCUCGGGUUCUCUCAGCGCCCAGUCUCCUAAGUCAGGUCCUCUUGCCCCAGAAAAGAACAAACAACGUUUCAAGUUUUACUCGGGUCCUCUCGGGAAGUUCACCUCUAAAUCAGGACCACUUAUGGGAAUGGGGAAACACAACAAGAAGACGGUGCAGCAGACACCGGAAAGGCCUUCGGUUUCCUCAACGAAAAAGCAAUCGAAACAGAACCGUUUAACACAGGUUGGUCCCUUUAAAGGCUGCAUGGUGUCUCAAGACGGUAUCACUCCUCUCAGCACUAGGAACCAGAAUGGAGCUAGGAGUAGUAGUGCGGAGCAUCAUAUUCUCGAAGGGAAUUCUAACCACGUUGAUAAUCUGGCACUUCCUUCCCGACCUAAGUUGUCAGAUGCUGCUCCUAAUACCCUUGGUGCAGCUUGCUUAGCGCUACACUAUGCUAAUGUUAUCAUCGUGAUAGAGAGGUUUGUUGCAUCUCCUCACUUGAUAGGGGAUGAUGCAAGAGACGACCUAUACAACAUGUUACCUGCGAGCGUGAGAAAAUCGCUGAGAGAGAGGCUAAAGCCCUACUCGAAAAACUUGAGUACUUCUGCGGUUUAUGAUCCAGGGCUAGCGAAAGAGUGGACAGACGCAAUGGCGGGUAUCUUGGAAUGGUUGAGUCCAUUAGCUCACAACAUGAUAAAAUGGCAAUCCGAGAGGAGUUACGAGAACCAAAGCUUAGUUUCGAGGACGCACAUAGUUCUUGCACAAACCCUUUUCUUUGCGAACCAGCAGAAAACAGAAACAAUCAUCACGGAGCUUCUUGUUGGGCUCAACUAUGUGUGGAGAUAUGGCAGAGAACUUAACGCAAAGGCUCUUCAAGAGUGUACCAGUAGUCAAACCCUGGAGAAAUGUUUAGACACAGAUAACUAG